AGCUUAAACAACUUUGUGGUAUCGGUACAAAACGUUUUGGAUUCUGUGUUUUGUUUGUUUAUUUAUAAAUAAAUGUAAACGAUUGCAUGUUUGAACAAAAAAAAAUAAAGUAACGUUUCAAGAUGUUAGACGCCUCUGAAAUGAUAACAUUCACCGAAAAAUUGAUCGAAGAGAUUAAACAUUACCCAAUUCUAUACGACCGGAGGGUCAUGCGAGGCAAGGAGAAUGUUGAAAAAGAGGAAGCGUGGAUAUCACUCACAGAUCGUUUACCCGCUGAUUUAAAACUCACAGUCGAUGACACCAAGAAAAGGUGGAGAACCCUGAAAGAUUGUUAUUCCAAAUACCUCCGUAGUGGCAAAACAAACAAUAGAUUCGAAAAACGUUAUCGAUCAUGGCGGUGGUCUGGGCAUAUGGAUUUCUUCAAUUCGUAUAUGCUACACAAUGACAGUGUGGAUGGUGAACAGAGCACGAUUUCAAAAAAGCCUAAAAUGGCAUAUGGUCAACGGACAAGAGACUACCAAACACAUAUAGUAAAUGAACGUUUUAGAGAUCGAAUAAACGAAGAUGUAAAAGUCGAAUUGUUUAGCAAUCGGCCAAACGGCUAUAAAAAACAAUUGCAGAGCACACGAGCCAAAGGCGAAAUAGAUGAAGAGGUGUUGGACGAGGUGGAUGAUGAAUCUUAUCAAGCAAUCGCUAAUGCCGUAUCCGAAUACGCAAAUGCUUCGCCAACUGAUUGGGGCCAGUUAGUUAAUGACUCGGAUACCGGAGGAAACAUUCCUAAUACGCCAACAAGGAGUAUUGCGUCCGUUGAACAAGAGAAUUUCAUCGAUCCUUUGAUGGGAAGGAAUUUCGAUAGUAUAGAUUUAACAUUUCUUGGUUAUGCCAGCAGCAUAAAAAAGCUUCCACCUCGAAAACAAUCACUCCUUAAAUUUGCUGUAGCGAAAAUGAUAAUGCAAGAGGAAUUAGCGCAGCAGAAUGAGGAUGAAAAGAAUUUAUUGCUAAAAGGCGACAUAAAAAAUGAUAUUGAAAUUGAAAGAAUGUGAUCCACUACCCGGUUGUUAUGUUGUACAUUGUACUUCAUUCAAAAAUAAACACACCUAUGUACUAUAUGUAGGCCUCAGCUAAAGGCUGAAAUAUUAUAAUUAGGUUGCAUAUUUAGGUAAAAAUACAUGUCAUGUAAGCUAAAA